GGUGUAAACCAAAGGCUGCGGGUUAUAGACGUGUGAGUAAGCCACGUAGACAAGAACACCUGGCGUAGUGUAGCGGGUUGGAGCUCUUCAAAGGUAUCUCCAACACUACGCUGCUGGCUGAUGCUAUUUUGUAUCGUACUUUUGUAAACAAGGUUGGCCAACAUGUCUGAAGACCCGGGAGGUGACGUGGAAAUUGAAAUAUCUGGGGAUAUUGCUGCUCCUGAGAAUUUUACGAGUUCUUCCAAGGCAGGUUUUAUGAUGCAGCUCCCCAUGCAGCUACAGCUGGCAUCUCCAUCAGCACGGGAAUGGGUCACCCGUCAGAGGGAAAAUGUUCGUCCCUGGACAGUGUUUUUCAGCACCCAGAAGUACAAGCUACCACUUAACGCCCAGAGAUGGAGCAAACGUAUGAUCAAGAAUAUCGAAUACUUCCAGUCAAACUAUAUGUUUGUCUUCAUCGUCCUUAUUCUUUAUUGCCUGAUCACUUCUCCAUUGCUGCUACUGGCAAUUGCUGCCUCCCUUGGGGCAUGCUAUAUCCUGGCCCUUAAAAAUGCUGAGAAGAAGAUUGUAGUUGGAGGACAUGAGGUAUCCAUGGCCCAUCAGUAUGCUGUUGUUGGGGUCCUCUCCCUUCCUGUGUUCUACAUAGCAGGAGCUGGAGCUGCCCUUUUCUGGGUCUUAGGAGCCAGCCUGUUCAUCAUUGCCAUCCAUGCUUCAUUAUACAAUGUUGAGAGUCUCCUUGGAUCAGAUGAGGAGCCUUUUGACCUGCAAAUGGAACAGGUGUAGAUUGUACUGGAUGCAGGUAUCUCAGGAAAAAGCUUUAUGGAAAACAACAGGCAAGAUUAAGGCUUGUUUUCUUGCAGCAGAACAGUGUCUUGAUAUCUUGAAACUGUCAUGCUGAAAAGAAACUUGAAGGAUUCCAUUUCCACUUUGCUCUGAGUUGAUUGCAAUGUGAUGGCCAGUGAGCCACCAGCACCAGUGUGGAAACAAAUCCUUCACUUCUUGCAGAAAUUGUAUUAACAAGGUGGAUCACAUGGAGGAUAGAGGCAGUUGAAUAUGUAAUAGAUGAGUAAUUUUGGCUACCUUGCAGAAGUUAGUGGGUGACAGUACAUUGAUGCAUUACUGCCAUUAUUUACCUCCUUAUUGCAAUGAAAUGAACUUCUCUUCUGCCUUCAUUAGCUUAGUGACUCCCAUUAGUUUCAGACUACUUAUCAAACCUUCAUAAAUAUAUAUUUCUAUAAAGCUUGUGUGAUUGAUGCAGGAUUUUCAGUAGCAAUAGAAUAAACUUACUAUCUAGCAAUAGCAUUGUGAGGGAUGCACAGCAUUUGAUCCUAGUGUGGUAAAAGUGAAUGUUUGCAGGGAUUAAAUUUUGCACUUUUUUUGCAACCAAAUAAAGAGAGUAGAUUUAAAAUUAUCAUGAAGUUCUUCCAAAUUAUAUUUAUUCCAUUCUUAAUGAAACAAGCUUUUAAUUGAAUGUUUAACUUUAUGUUGAUGAGCUGUUUUGAUUUUUUUUUUUCACAGAAUGCACAUUGCUUUAAAGAAACACAGUGCACAAAGCUCAAUUCUAUUCACAUAGUGAGUUCAUGUGACAGGACAGUCAUAUAAAAAUAUUACUGAAAUUAACAGAAAUGGAAAAUUUUGUUUUACACGUGCCCCAGUUUGUAUCUUUCAAGAAAGGCACAGAUAUUAAAAUAAAUAAAAUAUUAGGAAGUGCAUAGAAAGUAGAUGAAUAUAAUUAUCAUAUAAUAAUUUCCAAUAGGUUUCUAAUAGGAUGGAGAAUUUUGUGAAUGUAUUUUUGAUAAUAUUUUGAUACUAAGCAUGUUCAUUUGCAAAAUGUGAAGAUUUUCAGCAGGACCAUCAAUAGACUUGAAUAUUAAGGAAGUAAAUAUCAGGAAAUAGCUGUCAUUUGUCCUUUUGUAAAAUAAUUUCAGUAUAGAGGAAAAAGUUUUCAGAGUCAAUCAUCAGGCAAGAUAACUCUGUAUUAGCUCACAGUUGUGAUGGCACUUGCCAUCAUCCAACUUAUCAGCAAGGUGGGUUCUUGCUGUAGUAAUAACUUGGAAUAGCAGUGCUUCAGCAUUCCAGGUAAAGGACAUAACUAUGAUUCUGUUAAGUCUUAUAUUUUGUAUAAGAAUAACUUUAUUCAAGGUGCAUAUUGCCAUUAAAAAGUGUGCACACCAUUAACUACAAAUAUACUAUGAGCUGAAAAUGCUGAAGUGAUUCUUAAGGCACACCCAUCAUAAAGUAUUAAAGCAAGUGAGAAUUUUAUUUAAUUUUGAACACUGAAAAACAGUGAAUGCAAUUGUAGAAAUGUUGUGCAAAAACUUUUUUGGAGAUAAUGUUUAAUUCUACUUAUAAUGUCUUCAUUAUCAGUAAGGUACAGUACACUUAGGGCUCUUCGUUAUCGAUCUGGGAAUUAUAUUUCUUUGAUAUGAAUAUUGAUCUUUUGCUUUAUUGUUUUGAUAAAGGUAAGAUUUUGUGAAACUAAAACAAGAAUUUAUUCAGAUGUGUAGUGAAAUUUGGAAUACAGUGGUACUUCAG